GCAAGGGAUAUAAAUAGAGCCACCAAAUAGCCAACGUAGUUCACAUUCACUUGCUCUCUUUCUCCAAAGAAUCUGGCACAGAGCUAGGAAAGCAUGGUGGGUGGUGGUUCUCUUGAGGAUAUCAAGAACGAGAAUGUUGAUUUGGAGAAAAUACCAAUUGAAGAAGUGUUCCAGCAGUUAAAAUGCAGCAGAGAUGGACUAUCUGGAGCAGAAGGAGAGAGCAGACUCCAGCUCUUUGGCCCCAACAAACUCGAAGAGAAGAAGGAAAGCAAGAUACUUAAGUUCUUGGGGUUUAUGUGGAACCCUCUCUCUUGGGUCAUGGAAGCAGCUGCAAUCAUGGCCAUUGCCUUGGCUAAUGGCGAUGGACGUCCACCUGAUUGGCAAGACUUUGUUGGUAUUGUUUGUCUUUUGGUUAUUAACUCAACCAUCAGCUUUUGGGAAGAAAACAAUGCCGGAAACGCUGCUGCUGCUCUCAUGGCUGGUCUUGCUCCCAAAACAAAGGUACUACGAGAUGGCAAAUGGAGUGAGCAAGAAGCUUCUAUUCUUGUCCCCGGAGAUAUCGUGAGCAUCAAGCUAGGUGACAUCAUCCCUGCUGAUGCACGUCUCCUAGAAGGCGACGCUUUAAAAGUUGACCAAUCUGCUCUAACCGGUGAGUCUCUCCCUGCCACAAAAGGUCCAGGAGAAGAAGUCUUCUCCGGCUCUACUUGCAAGCAAGGUGAGAUUGAAGCCGUUGUGAUAGCCACUGGAGUUCACACCUUCUUCGGCAAGGCUGCUCAUCUCGUUGACAGCACAAACCAAGUGGGACACUUCCAGCAAGUCCUCACCGCAAUAGGAAACUUCUGCAUCAUCUCAAUCGCUGUCGGUAUAGUCAUUGAGAUCAUAGUCAUGUACCCUAUCCAGCGCAGGAAGUACAGAGACGGUAUCGAUAACCUCCUGGUGCUUUUGAUCGGUGGGAUCCCCAUUGCAAUGCCUACUGUCUUGUCUGUGACGAUGGCCAUUGGUUCCCACAAGUUGUCUGAACAAGGAGCUAUCACUAAAAGAAUGACUGCCAUUGAAGAGAUGGCUGGCAUGGAUGUUCUGUGCAGUGAUAAGACUGGUACUCUGACGCUGAACAAGCUGAGUGUUGACAAGAAUCUGAUUGAGGUUUGUGCAAGAGGCGUUGAGAAGGAAGAGGUUCUGCUCUUAGCUGCUAGGGCUUCAAGAACAGAGAAUCAAGAUGCUAUUGACGCUGCUAUGGUUGGUAUGCUUGCUGAUCCCAAAGAGGCGAGAGCUGGUAUUAGAGAGAUUCACUUCUUCCCAUUCAAUCCGGUAGACAAGAGAACAGCACUUACUUACAUUGAUGGUAAUGGAGACUGGCACCGUGUAAGCAAAGGAGCUCCAGAGCAGAUUCUUGAUCUGUGCAAUGCAAGAGCUGAUCUGAGGAAGAGAGUCCACUCAGCGAUUGAUAAGUAUGCUGAGCGUGGACUUAGGUCAUUAGCUGUUGCAAGGCAGACAGUACCUGAGAAGACUAAAGAGAGCUCUGGUGGUCCAUGGGAGUUUGUUGGUGUGUUGCCUUUGUUUGAUCCUCCAAGACAUGAUAGUGCAGACACCAUUAGAAGAGCUUUAGACCUUGGUGUCAACGUCAAGAUGAUCACUGGUGAUCAACUUGCUAUUGCCAAAGAGACUGGACGUAGGCUAGGGAUGGGAUCAAACAUGUACCCAUCAGCUUCUCUUCUUGGUAAUCACAAAGAUGCAAACCUUGCUGCUAUUCCCGUUGAAGAGUUGAUUGAGAAGGCUGAUGGCUUUGCUGGUGUCUUCCCAGAGCACAAGUAUGAGAUUGUGAAGAAGUUGCAAGAUUUGAAGCAUAUCUGUGGGAUGACUGGUGAUGGAGUGAAUGAUGCUCCUGCUUUGAAGAGAGCUGAUAUUGGUAUAGCUGUUGCUGAUGCUACAGACGCUGCACGUGGCGCUUCUGAUAUUGUUCUCACCGAGCCUGGUCUUAGUGUUAUCAUCAGCGCGGUCUUAACCAGUAGAGCUAUCUUCCAAAGAAUGAAGAACUACACAAUUUAUGCAGUCUCUAUCACCAUUCGUAUAGUGGUAAGUAAUCAAACUUUGUAUAUAUUCUUGAAUAUUAUGUCAAAUAAUCUUUUUGUUGAUGAGUCUCUCUUUGUAUGUUUUGAACAGUUUGGGUUCAUGCUCAUUGCUUUGAUAUGGAAGUUCGAUUUUUCGCCGUUCAUGGUUUUGAUCAUUGCUAUCUUGAACGAUGGAACAAUCAUGACCAUCUCAAAAGACAAAGUGGUGCCUUCUCCUACACCAGAUAGCUGGAAACUCAAAGAGAUAUUCGCAACUGGCAUUGUCCUUGGAGGCUACAUGGCUAUAGUGACUGUUGUUUUCUUCUGGGCUGCUUACAGAACCGACUUCUUCCCGAGAACAUUCCAUGUGAGAGACUUGAGAGGUAAUGAACAUGAGAUGAUGUCUGCUUUGUACUUACAAGUCAGUAUAGUGAGCCAAGCUCUUAUCUUCGUCACCCGAUCAAGAGGCUGGUCUUUUCUUGAACGACCUGGUUGGCUCUUGCUUAUUGCCUUCUGGAUUGCACAAGCGAUUGCAACUGGUGUUGCUGUUUUGGCUGAUUGGGAGUUUGCUAGAAUCAAAGGAAUAGGGCUUGGAUGGGCUGGAGUUAUCUGGCUUUACAGUAUUGUCUUUUACAUUCCAUUGGACAUGCUCAAGUUUGCAAUCCGUUACAUACUAUCUGGAACUGCAUGGAACAAUCUCAUUGACAACAAGACUGCGUUUACGACUAAGCAAAACUAUGGGAUUGAGGAGAGAGAGGCCCAAUGGGCUCUCGCACAGAGGACUUUACAUGGUCUUCAGAAUCAAGAAACGGCUAAUGUUUUUCCUGAGAAAGGUGGCUACAGAGAACUGUCUGAGAUCGCUGAACAAGCCAAGAGACGAGCUGAGAUCGCUAGGCUUAGGGAACUUCAUACGCUGAAAGGGCAUGUAGAGUCAGUGGUGAAGCUUAAGGGACUUGACAUUGAGACAGCUGGUCACUACACCGUUUAAUAACAAGAUGGACUCAAUAGAAGAUGAUUAAGGAAGAAGAAGAUCGUUUGUUUAACGGAUGAUAAUAUCAUAAGAUGAGAGGCAAUAAAGUGUUGUUUUAGGUGUUUUGUGUUAAGUUCCUCUAAACUCCUUGGGGCUUUUUUUUUUCUUCUUCUUCUUCCUUGAUUUUAGACUUUAAUUAUAAUUGUGGUUUCAGUUUGCUCUGUGUUGGAGACAAAAGAUAAGAUAAUAUAAUAAUUUCUUAGGUUUA